ACAGGCAGCCAAAAAUGUUGGCCGUCCUGUCUGUGCUGUUUUUAUAUCAUUAUAACCCAGCUUGCGGCGUUUUUCAGAAACUUUACUGCAGCAUAUCAGACAGCUGUGAAUGCGACUUUAAGCCGAACAUCCGAGGAACAGAGAAACCUUUCCUGUCUUUCAACUGAAGGAACAAGGGUCUAAAUUAAGUUCUUGGACCCAGAUGUGCUUGCCCCCUCCCAAAAAAGACCUGGAGUGGGAUCUCUACAAAAAUGUAUACGGACAACACCUGGCCCAGGACAUCGUGUCAGAGGAGGUGGCGAGGUUCCUUCAGAAUAAAACCCCUGAGCGGCCCCUGGUGCUGUCCUUCCAUGGCUCCUCUGGAACAGGAAAGACGUUGGUCAGCUCCAUGGUGGGAAAUCAUCUGUACGGCUCGGCGAUGAGCAGCCCAUACGUUCACCAAUUUGUUCCCACCCUACACUUCCCCUUACCUGACCAGGUCAAUGAGUACAGGGAGGAAUUGAAGAGCUGGGUGCAGGGGAACCUGACGGAGUGCGCUCGCUCUGUCUUCUUUUUUGAUGAGAUGGAGAAGAUGCCUCCAGGUGUUAUAGACGUCUUGGAGCCCUUCCUGGGUCCCUCCCACGUUGUGUUUCGCACCAAUUACCGCAAGGCCAUCUACAUCUUCAUUGGCACCACAGGAGAGGAGGUGAUAAAUAAAAUGGCUCUGGAGAACCGGCAGGCUGGACAGGACAGAGAAGAAAUCAAGUGGGCCGACUUGCAGGAAGCAAUCGCCCAAGCGGCUUACAACAGCAACACAAGCGGCUUCUCCCAGUCCAGGAUCAUCCAGCAGAAGCUCAUCACCCGCUUCGUUCCUUUCCUACCGCUAAACCGACGUCAUGUGGAGCGCUGUGUCCACUCACAGCUCUGCCAGCGGGGCAGCUGUGGCCGCAGUGACGUGGUGGAGGCAGUAGGUGGCUACAUGAUCUACACUCCCGUCCAGGGACAGUACUUCUCCUCUACGGGCUGUAAGGCCAUCCCCGCCAAAAUCAACCUCUUCCUGUGAACCGAGGGGGGGGGGGGGGGGGGGGGGGGGGGCUGUUUGUAUAUGUAAGGACUGAAAGGGAACCUCCUUCUUAGGUGAGUCAGUGAAAAGAAACAGAUCUCUGAGUCUGUCUGAAUCAGUUUCUCCCACAUGGAGGCCAGAGGUCAGAGCAGCAUCACUGGAGCAGACAUGGAUUCAGAGUCAAGGACUUCUCGUGAGCUGAACUCAAAACCCCCCCCGAAUUCAAAGGCAGUUUUAUGCUGUCAAUCCUGAGCUUCCCUGAAGGCAUCGUUGCUGUAGCAGUUGGGACGUUUCCAACUGUGAGACCAAGAGUUUAUUCCCUGAGCAGCGUCUAAACCAGGAGUCAUGCUUCGCUCUACCUCAAACCCAACUCUAACUUUAAUUUAUGAACUCUUAAGUUGGUACAGUAUGGCUUCAGAUUUCAGCAGCAGUUGGUUAGCCAUCAGUGGAGGUCAUCAAUGAAUUUAUUUCAGGUCUAUUUAUUUAUCUUUUCAGUAUUCAACACAGGAAGUCUCCCAGUUUUCCCACAGGUGGGCACAGCAGAUCCUACCUGGAGCAGCUUGCAGUUCAGUGUCUUGCUCAUCUCUUAGCCAACUAGCAGCAGUAGAAAGACGCUCAGCCUCUCUUCUCACUAAUGCAGAUUUACUAGUUUUACUAAAAGAGAUCAGUAGUAUCGUAAAAGAUUUGUUGAUUUUAAUCUUUCUGAAUGUUUUACUUGUGGGGGAAAAAUCUUUAUGGUCAACACAAAGUUUUUCCUCUAAAUAGUCAGCGAAACAGCAUCUGUGUUGUUCCAAACUGCAAACAGUAUGUAUUGAAGAUGUCAAUGUCUAAAAGUAUAUUUCCUCUGGAAGGCUGUAUUGGGUUUUCAACCUAAACUUGGAUCCUGUUUGAAAAGUGCCAUUUCAAUUUGUUUUAUUUUAAAUGGAGGAAGAAAUCUGAAGCUGAAGAUGGAUUUUACUUGAAAAUAUUAUCACUUUGAUGCUCACCAAAAGAGUUGUCAUAGUUUUGUGGCAUAUCAUCAGUUUUGCCAUCAGGGGGCAGUAAAUACUUCAUUUUGCCAAGAGUUGGAGGAGGUGAAGCAGAGUUCACCUGCAGCUCGGUGCAUUUUAAUUCUGCUCAUUUCAUAUGAGUGAGAUCUGUAAAAUAUCAUAUUGUAUUUUGUUUCUUUAAUGUAAAAUGCCUUGUAUAAGGUAUUGCCUAUGUGUUUUAAACACACUCAAAGUGCACUUUAUUGUUAUGGAGGAUAAAAUGGGCCUGUUUUAUUAUUGAGCUGUAGAACUUUGCCUGACUCUGUCUUUAUAAAGGCAGAGUGUGUACUGAAAAGUCAGUAUGCAUCUGACAAAACGAAUACUACAGAAAUAUUGUCAUGAGCUUGAAGUGUUUGCAAGUAAUUAAUCAUUGUAAACCAUUAAUUAUUUGUUGUAUUAAAUGAUGGCUGUUUGAAUACCUGCGGCUGGAAGUCAGUUAAAAUGCAAUGAAAGUCAGGCCUAAUUGAAUUUGUCACUGGAGCAAAGAAACAUGGACACAGUAACAAACUGAAUUUUGACACAUGAUGGUCAGAAGUCUGUUAAAUACAGUACAUCUUUACUGUUCAGUCUGUGGAGCAGUCUACAGAAGAUUUAUUCAUUUUCUAACCUGAAUGAACCUGCACUGUACACAGAGAAGACAGCGUGUAAAUAUCCACCAGACUGAAUACAAAUAUCAUUGGAUAGACCUCAGCAACAUCCAGGUAAUGGGGAAUGCACACAGAUUUCAUAUACUGCUGAAAGCUAGAACAAAUCUAUGCAUCACAUUAUGAUUAACUAUAUUUAUAUUGUUGGUGUGACAGGAAGUAAUGAGGAAAAAUGCAGCGCAAACCAAGUUAUGUUUUAUGUUUAUGUUUUUUAAACUAUAAAAUUACAAAAUAUUACUCAGCCUUUUUGCCAAAUCAUAUUGUUUUCCUUUGGCCUAGAAGCAAAUUUUCUGAGACCUGGUACCCGUCCACACCCCGGGGCUUGGUAGACUCUGCUCUAUAGCAUCAUUGGUGACCAAAAACCUUAAAAGUAAAGUGUGUAGGUUUUAGUGGCAUCUAAUGGUGAUUGUUGCUAAUUGGAACCAGCGGCUCGGUGUAUUCACUUGCUCCUUGGAUCGUCCCAUUUCCUGAGUUGUGAAGUGGUUUAUCCGGAUUCAGCGCGUGUUCAUGUCGGAAUUUGGAAUCAACAUGGAUGCUACUACAAAGAUGUGUUGGAUUAGCAUUAUCAGACCGUAAAAACAACACGCAGGCAUCUAGUUCACUCUACAUGGACAGCAAACUAACUGUUACAAAUUACAUGUUUACAAAAUAUGUACAGUAUAUGCAAUAUGUGAUUUUGCACAAAGUUCUAUAUACUUCUUUAUUCUGACACCACAUGAAUGCAUCAUACGUCACCGCUCACCCCCUCGAUUUCCAAGCACGCUGGAGAAGCUAGGGUGGCCGACACACUCUGUCGGCUUUUGUGCAAAACAAUACAUGUGGUCCUCCAUUUGUAUAAAUGUCUUCUUACUUCUAAUAAACCAGUCAACUACUA